GCAGCCGUGCAGUUGCACUUGUGAGCGGCAGAGCCAAGUGUGAGGGCUCCCCAUGGUGAUAAGCGCCUCCCCACAAAGCGGGCAGCCUCUCACCAGGGGGAUGUAUCAGGUUGCCGUACUUGAGCUGUGGGUUGUCACUAAUAAUAUGACCGGUUUGCCAUCUCUCUGCAAAUAAGGCAGAAGCUGCUACCUGAUUGGUAUAACAUCUUACUUUCCCUCCUCAUUGAUUUUCUUGUUCUCCUCCUUUGCUUCAUAAAAAGAGAGACAAGUGGCUGGUGCUGUGGACAGAGGAGCUUUAUUUUUAGUAUGAGAAAACCUCUAUUUUCUUUCAGGAGAGGGAAGUUGGAUUAUCAAUUCUUUUGUAAAUGUGUAUGGUGAUAUUUGCUCCGCUUUUUGCAAUCUUUGCAUUUGCAACAUGCGGUGGCUAUUCUGGAGCCCUGCGGCUGAGCGUGGACUGCGUCAACAAGACCGAAAGUAACCUCAGCAUUGAUGUAGCAUUUGCUUACCCAUUCAGGUUGCAUCAGGUGACCUUCGAGGUCCCUACAUGUGAGGGAAAAGGGCGGCAGAAGCUGGCGCUGAUUGGCGACUCCUCAUCUUCAGCAGAGUUCUUUGUCACUGUGGCUGUCUUCGCCUUCCUCUACUCCUUGGCUGCUACUGUCGUUUAUAUUUUCUUCCAGAACAAGUAUCGGGAAAACAACCGAGGCCCACUCAUUGAUUUUAUCGUCACUGUAGUGUUUUCAUUCUUGUGGUUGGUGGGUUCAUCAGCCUGGGCGAAAGGACUGUCAGAUGUCAAGGUCUCAACAGAUCCCAAAGAAGUAUUGUUACUGAUGUCAGCUUGCAAACUGCCCUCCAACAAGUGCAUGGCUGUCCACAGCCCUGUCAUGUCCAGCUUAAACACUUCCGUGGUCUUUGGAUUCUUGAACUUUAUCCUCUGGGCUGGAAACAUCUGGUUUGUUUUCAAGGAGACAGGUUGGCACGCCUCAGGACAACGAUAUCUCUCAGACCCAAUGGAAAAACACUCAAGCAGCUAUAAUCAAGGCGGGUACAACCAAGAGAGCUAUGGGUCCAGUGGUGGGUAUAGUCAACCUGCAAAUUUGGUGCCAUCCUCUGAUGAGUUUGGGCAACAACCCAGUGGCUCUGCUUCCUUAACCAAUCAGAUUUAACAGGGUAGUAUUUGCAUUCUUCUGGAGAUAGUCUCACCACUUUCCAUUUCAGUGGCAAAGAAUUUUUUAAGAGUUUCAAUUAUUAAAGCAGAGGGUAUUGAAUGUAAAUCACAGAUCUGUAGUCCUCAUUAAAGCAGAAAGGUCCAGGUCAUGAUAAAUGAUACUUAGAGAUGAAAUGACAUGAAGAGAUAUAUUAUUCAUCACAGAUGGCUAAUUGGAGAGUCCCUCGUUAUAUAUAGAUACUUUUAUGGUCGUUUUGUAUGUGUAUUGAGAUAGUAGAAGCAUUUUGUAGUUUAAAACCCCCAGUAUGUAAUAUGAAAAAUUAAAUAGCAUUGGAUUUUCCUAUGCAUUUUGAUGCAAAGAUGUUUAAAUAAUUUCUAUAAGACAAUUCGGAGUAGCACAACUUGCAUGUUUCAUUAUUUUUAGUUUCAGGUCCUAAAGGACUGUGAGUUGAAGUAAUUCUUUCCACAAUUAUCCUGUGUUUUUUAAUCUGAUAAAUUAAUGCUCAUGAUUUAGUGCAUGAAUGAGAAUUUUCUCACAAAAUGAAUAUUUGAAAUGUAUUUCUGAACAUUUUCCAGUUUGCAACAUGACUUUGUUAAAUGAAUGUUUGAAAAAAAGUGUUCACUACUUUGUAUACUUGCAAAUUUGUCUCUCUGCCUCUCCCCACUCGUGAAUGCAUUGUAACUAAGGUUUGGGGUUUUUUCCCUGUUAGAAUAUACUUCGUGUUAUACUUGUAAUUGCCCAAUAUUUAUUCUAUUUACUUAGCUAAAAUUUACAUUCUUGUAACUUUCUAUGGCGUUUUGUGACUCUUAUCCUACAGUCUAUGUGAAACAGGUUCAAAAACUGUAUUUAUAGAGUGUUGAUUUCUUAGAAUAAUGGAUAUACAGGUAUCAGACACCACAGUCAAAAUGUUGUUAUAAUUAUUAAUUUAUAAUGGAUACUUAUAAUAGAAAAUUAAAUUAUUAAUUU